UAUAGUUCACUUUAAAUAUUUACUGCUAAAAAAAACCCCUAAAUGAUGAACCCUUUUUACUGUAUAUAAAUACAAAUAUUAUUCACUGAACCACUUCAGAUACAACUUUUGCACAGCACUGUAUGACUCAGCCAGGUGAACUUUAGAACACACCCUGUAUAAACUUUGUUUACAUCCACAGACCGCAUGCUUUGCUAGCCAUAUCGUAUUCCUCAGACACCACACUGGAAAAAAACCCCAAAACCAAAAUGGCAGCUGCAGUGAUGGAGGGGAACAAUUCUGGAGAAGGGAGGUGUAAGAAACACUGUGAGACCAUCCAAGGCUUGUGUGACACAUGUGAUGAGCUGGUGUGUGUUAAAUGUAUGAUGGGGCAUCACAAUGGCCACACUUUCACGGACCUGGAGGCCAGAGUUGGGGAGAAGAUGGAGUUGUUAGAGGGGCGAGUUCAGGAGAUGAGGGGGAGGGUCCCCGUGUUACAGCAAAGGGUGGCUGAGCUCAGCAUCCAGGACGACAAAAACCAGAGGGACACGGAGACUGUCAUCGCCAGCAUCACACAGAAAGGUGAAAGCAUCCGCAACAAACUGGAAAAUAUAAUAUCUAACCUUAUCGCCAAUGCGGAGAAUCAACGGAAAGAAACGGCACGUCAACUGAGCGGAACGAAGGAAGUGACAGAGGACCUGAUAGCAAGGGGGACAUCAUUCCUUGAGAAUGUCGAUUCUAGACUCAAGCUCGGCUCCCAUCUCGAGAUCAUUCACUUAGAAAGGGAAUGUUCCAAGCUGCUGAUGAAAAUGUCUGAGGAUCAUCUAAUACACCACAUACCAUCACCACGAUUUGUUGGAGGGGAGGAAAGUGUGGAAAAAUUACAAGCCAUGGUGGGCGACUUCUACUCGGACCUUGCGAGCUCGCUCAAACUCAUGAGUUACGUUCGAAUAGACGCCACCCUUACUGGUUGUGAAUCUGACAUUUUCAUCACCAAAAUCUGCAGAGUCAGUGAUACAGAAGCCUGGAUCAAAGGUUUUAAAGAGGACGAGAUCAAACUGUUCAACAAGCGGGGAAAACUCCUUAAGACAUUGGCCAUCAGGCCCACAUGCCAUGAUUUCAGCACCACCAAGAGUAGUUCUUUGCUGACAGUUGAUCCUAAGUUACGAUGGGUCCAAUGUCUCAGUUCCGAUAAUGAACCGACCACCCUAGUUGAUUUUCAAGAGGGACAAUUGCCCAUCAGUAUUUACGUGAACAAGACAACAGGAAACUUUCUAGUAGGUCUUGUGGACAGUCUGAAGCAUUCUUCCUCAUUCCUGAGCACGAGACUCAUCAAAAAGUUCUCUUACGACGGCCAAGAACUUCAGACCAUUCAAUACCAGACCAAAAAGUCAUUUUUCGGCAGACAGUCAACAAGCAACAUAUUCACCUACCCACAUCGCAUUGCCGAAAAUGAACAAACUGGCGACAUCGCGGUCAUCAACUGGACGGGAGAUUUCACAGGAGAGCUAGUGGUUCUGAACAAAGAUGGGGAGGUGAUCUUCAGACAUUCAAACAAUGCGGAGGAGGACACCUUCAGCCCUUGGGACGUGGCUUUUGAUGUCCUGGGUAAUGUCGUGGUCAGCGACCGCUACAGCAGAAACAUCCAGCUGUUCAAGGCCUCGGGGAGGGCCAAGUGUGUCCUCCACAAGUGUAGCUUUACCCCCCACGCUAUCGAGGCUUUCUCUGACGGCAAGCUGUGGAUUGGUCACUCUAACGGCAAGGUCAGCAUCAUCCAGUACAUGGAGUGACCAUCCACUUAUCAUGAUGAAAUAGAACCAACGUCUGGGAUAAAGAAUAUAUCAAAGGAUUUAAUUAUUCCAUCACAAUGAUUUUCUGUGAUUUGUUACUGUGUUUUUUAUUUGACAUGCACAUGUAGAGCAUCAUAAUGGGACUGAUAGCUGUAUUAUUUCUCAAUGAUGAGAAGCUUCAAAGUUACUAACCAGAGGUAAAGUGUUUCAAAGAGUGAACCAUGAUAAUGGAUCAUUUCUGUACUUUUCUGUGAUGAAACAAUUAGCAUCAUCAAGGAAAUUGGCCAGAUAAUGGAAGAGUCCUCAUUUUUC